CACCCUGGAAAGUUUGUCUAUAAUUGCACAAUGCACUGUUGUGUUUCUACAUCUGAAUCUUGUCUAUAACAAAAUCAGAUGUCCGCGUUAAUAGAAAACUUUAGUCGUUACUUCUCAAUUUCUUAUGAACCCUCCAUUUUAUCCUCUUCUCAGUAUAUGAGUUUAAUCUGUCUGAUCACUAGCUUUUUUGGUUAGUAAAUUAAAUGAUGAAUUAUUUAAUCACUGUUUAAUGCACCUCUAGUGGUCCUGCAGUUUCUUUAUAAUCAUAUUAUCGUCAACUCAUGUUUGAUCGAAACUAUUUGGCGUGGGAUACAUGGAUGUUGCCCCUCCAUGGAAUGAUUGCUAUAUUCUUCUUGUAAAAGUAUCAUCAUCCAACAAUCAAUUCCUAUAAAAUAUUCUGAAAUAUGGCAUUACUCUCUUAAUUUGAUACUAUUUAUUUUGAUUUUAAAGUAUGAAUGGAUGAAUUACUUUAGCUCAUUCCAUAUCUUCUUUCCAUUUGCAUGUUGUUUUGAUUGAACAUAUAUAAAGGAAGAAUGCGCUCAGGAUUGAUGCUUUUUUUAUUACCCAGGUUUGGAAGAUCAUCAAUACGUGAACAAUGGGUUGAUAAAGUUGAGUGGCGCCAAGGAAGCCUUCUUGAAAUUCUGAUGACUUUUGUGGUAGUCCAAAAACGUAAUCACACUAGACUGUUUGCUAACACUCACGGUGACCACCGAUUUGUUGAUAAGAGUGGAAACAUAUUGCCUGGGACUGUUGUCGAUUCUAAGAUAUGUCAUCCUACUGAAUUUGACUUUUACUUGUGCAGCCAUGCAAGCAUUCAAGUAACUCAUCUCACAACUUAAUUAAUACCUUUUUAAAUUCUAGGGACUGUUGUAAAAAUAUAUGUGUAUUUAUUAUUCUUUUAGAACAAGUUUUUUCAUACAUAUAAUAGUAUAUUUCUUUUGAUAUCAAUAAGUUGUUGAUCUUCUAGUGUCUUAUCAAAGGGGUAGAAAGAAUUGGAUUUUUUGAUGGAGCUGGUGUGGGGGAGACUAGAUUUAUUAUGAAACUAAUGAUCAACAAUAUUGAAAAAAGUUGGCAUGAAAUAAUCAGCAAGUGAGAAAGAGGAUUCUAAUGAAAUUCUACAAGUUGAAGAUUGUGAUGGGAUUUAGGUUGACAAUAAUUAAGUGCAAUCCUACAUGGCAUGAACCACCAUCACAAGUUUCUAGUAUUUUGGUUAUUGUUCAUUAGUUUUAAAUGGAGUUUAUUUGUUUAUUUGUAUUAGGAUAAAUUUUAUUUGAAUAUGA